AUGAAUGCAAUCUUCCAUGACAUGAUUGGGAAAUUUAUGGAAGUAUAUAUUGACGACGUGGUGGUGAAAUCAGCGACAAAGGCGAAACAUCUGGCCGACUUGAGGAGAUCAUUUGAGAGAAUGAGAACCCAUGGUUUGAAGAUGAACCCACUUAAAUGCGCCUUUGGAGUGACAGCUGGGAAUUUUCUAGGGUUCUUGGUGCAUCGGAGGGGUAUCGAGGUCGACAAGAAUAAAGCUAGGGCGAUCAUCGAAGCUCAACCACCUCGCAACAAGGAGGAGUUACAAAGACUAAUUGGUCAAAUCACAUACUUGGGAAGAUUUAUUUCAAAUCGUGCUGGAAAGAUCCAUACCUUUUCUCCGCUCUUAAAGCUCAAAUCAGAGGAAGACUUUCAAUGGGAAAAGCAUCACCAACAUGUGUUUGAAUCAAUCAAGGAAUAUCUUGCUAACCCUCCUGUCCUUAUGCCACCUAGGAAGAAACAGCCGCUGAAGUUAUAUAUUUCAGCUGCGGAUGAGUCAAUCGGAAGUUUGUUAGCCCAGGAUAACGAAGUAGGGAAAGAACAGGCGGUGUAUUACCUUAGUCGUAUUUUGACACCGGUUGAGCGUCGAUAUACGCCAAUCGAAAAAAUGUGUCUUGCUUUGUAUUUUGCUGCUCACAAACUGAGAAUAUAUAUGCUACCUGUUUUAGUUUAUGUGAUUUGUGCCACUGACUUGAUUAAGUAUAUGCUUUCUCGUCCAAUAAUUUCUAGACGAAUAGGCAAGUGGUCCUUGGCCCUUAUGGAAUUCAUUUUCCAAUAUGUGCCUCAAAGGGCCGUAAAGGGCCAAGCACUUGCUGAUUUCCUAGCUGACCAUCCAUGCUUGGAUGUUGAUCCGGGAGUCUAUGAUGCAAUGGAGUUAUGUGCUAUUCAACUAACUCCUUGGACUCUAAUUUUUGACGGAUCCAGCGCAAAUGAUGUCGGGGGAGCUGGAGUUGUAAUAAUUGCACCAAAUGGCAGGAAAACAACAUAUUCUUUCUUUCUAGAUUUCAAAUGUUCUAACAAUCAAGCAGAAUAUGAAGCUCUGAUUAUUGGUCUUGAAAUACUCUUAGAGAUGGGGGCACAGACCGUUGAGAUCAUAGGUGAUUCAAGUUUGGUGAUCGGUCAGUUGUCCAGCAAUUUCAGGUGCCAAAGUUGGCACCUCAAACCAUUCCAGUCUAUAGCCAUGCAAUUACUACAAGAACUUGCAGAGGUAAAGGUCAAGCAUGUUUAUAGAUUGCAUAAUAAAGAGGCCAAUGAUUUGGCUCAAAUAGCAUCUGGCGUUAGGGUGCCAGAAGGAAUAAUGGAGAAUUUGAUCAGAAUAAAGAGAAGGUCAUUACCCUCAUUUAAGGCGAGGGAAGAAUUGUUGGCGGAGGUCUUUGCAAUCGAGGUGGAAGACGAUAUGGAAGAGAAUGAUUGGAGAACACCGAUCGUCGAUUUUCUCAAAAAUCCAGACCCUAAGGCUGACAAGAAGCUAAAGAUCAAAGCUCUUAAGUUUGUGAUGAUUGAUGGAGACCUAUUCAGGAAAAGCAUCAAAGAUGACCUACUCCUAAGGUGUGUCAGUAAAAAAGAAGCCAUGAAAGUAAUGGGAGAGACCCAUGAAGGGAUAUGUGGUGCUCACCAAGCUGGAAUAAAAAUGAAGUGGCUGAUUAGAAGGUACGCUUAUUACUGGCCCGGGAUGCUUAAAGAUUCAACUGACGACUUUACCAAGUGGGUCGAAGCGGUGCCCAUGAAGUCAGUGCACCAAGAAGAUGUGAUUCGGUUUAUCAAACAACAUGUUAUUCAUAGAUUUGGGAUCCCAGAAUCAAUCACAACUGAUCGAGGUUCAGCCCUUGUUGCCAAAGAAGUGCAGGCAUUUGCAGCAGAGUACGGGAUCAAGCUCCUAAACUCAACCCCUCACUUUGCACAAGGAAAUGGUCAAGCCGAGUCGUCUAAUAAGACGCUAAAAGGCAUCAUUGAAAAAAUGGUGGAAGAUAACCCUAGGGUGUGGCAUGAACUUCUAUCAGAAGCACUUUGGGCAUAUAGGACUUCUCAACGGUCAAGCAUAGGUGUGACUCCAUUCAUGCUCACCUAUGGUCAUGAUGCAGUUUUGCCUAUGGAAGUGACUGUACGGUCAAUGAGAUUCGCAUUGCAAAACAAUUUGACCCCUGCUGAAUAUAAUGAGUCUAUGUUGGUCGAAUUGGAGGACCUAGACGAAGUAAGGUUAAGGGCUCUUGACCACAUACAAGUUCAGAAGAGGCGAGUAGCAAGGGCAUAUAACAAGCGUGUUAGGGCCAAAAUAUUCGGUGAAGGUGACUUGGUUUGGAAGACUGUCCUCCCAAUGGGUGUGAAUGAUCGAAAAUAUGGAAAAUGGUCACCAAAUUGGGAAGGUCCAUUUGUGGUUUACAAAGUCAUAAAAGGAGGCGCAUAUCAUUUGCAAGAUCUUGACGGGGAAAUACACCCUCGACCGAUUAAUGGCCGAUACUUAAAAACUUAUUAUCCUACAAUGUGGGAGACAAUGGAGAAUAAAACCAAAGAUGGUUAA